AAUCUAAAACGCGUUGAAAAUCCAAAGCCAAAACAGUGAAAAGCAAGCACUUGGUUUUUUGCUUUUGUCUCCUAAAACCAGGGGCACUUUCCGUAGCUCCAAGUCCUGAUAUCUGGCUAAACCGCCUGUUGUUUUCCGAAUCUUUCUUCACUAUAUAAAAAACAGACCAACCAUUUCAUUUCUCCAACUCAAAAUCAACAAUUCAACAGCAGUAACAUCAACCUGCUAGGCUGCAAAUCGAUUCUAUUUGCAAGAAAUUCGACAAUGAGUAGUGCAGCCGCGAGGAAAGCCUGGAUUGUUGCAGCUACAAUAGGUGCAGUGGAGACAUUGAAAGACCAAGGCAUAUGCAGAUGGAAUUAUACCAUAAGGUUGCUUCAUCAACAUACCAAGAACAAUAUCAGAUCAUUUGUUCAGGCCAAGAUGCUUUCUCCUUCUUCAGCUGCUGCUUCAAAUAGAUUGAUGAAGAAAUCUGAAGAGAAGAUGAGAAAAGUCAUGGAGUUGAGCUGUUUGGGUCCUAAUACUAUUAGAUUUUAAUGUUCAUAAAUGCUAAAAUAUUUUAUUUUUUCCCACUCCAAUUUUGUUAUGGUUGAGGUAGGAUUAAAUGGCAUGUUCUGAAAUUUUUUGUUAUGAGUAAUGGCUGGUUCAAGAUUUGGCCAGAAAUGAAAUCAAAUUGAAUAUAAUUUUGUUUGAUAAA